UUGUCUAUGUACUGUUUAUAGGACAAAGGUGGGCCACACGCAGACAUUUUUUUUUUCAAGUGGGCCCUGAGUUGAGUUGAUAAUAAUAAUAAUUAUUAUUAUUAUUGUUAUUAUUAUUACAUAAUAAUAAUAGUUAUUGUUAUUAUUAUUAUUUGCAUUUUUUCUAUGUACUGUUUAUAGGACAAAGAUGGGCCACAGACAUUUUUUUUAUUUUCAAGUGGGCCUUGAGUUGAGUUGAUAAUAAUUAUUAUUAUUAUUGUUAUUAUUAAAUGAUAAUAAUAAUAAUAGUUAUUAUUGUUAUUAUUAAAUAAUAAUAGUUAUUAUUAUUAUUAUUAUUUGCAUUUUGUCUAUGUACUGUUUAUAGGACAAAGGUGGGCCACAGACAUUUUUUGCGAUUUUCAAGUGGGCCCUGAGUUGAGUUGAUCAUAAUAAUAAUAAUAAUUAUUAUUAUUAUUAUUAUUAUUAUUAUUAUUAUUAUUAUUAUUGUUAAAUAAUAAAAAUAAUAAUAGUUAUUAUUAUUAUUUGCAUUUUGUCUAUGUACUGUUUAUAGGACAAAGGUGGGCCACAGACAUUUUUUUGAUUUUCAAGUGGGCCCUGAGUUGUUUGUAAAGUUUAUUAUGAAUAAUAAUAAUAAUAAUAAUAAUAAUAAAAUCAAAGCGGUAGAAAAUGAAUGAAUGAAUAAUAAUAAUCCUUAUUAUGAUUAUAUAAUUAUUAUUAUUAUAACUGCAUUCAAGACUGGCAUGAUGACCAGAGAGCUACGUUCCAAUAUUUUUUUAAAUUGUGCAAUAAAUAUUUUACAAUAAAAUAAUUUAAUAAUAAAAUAAUAUUAGCAAAAAUUAAUCAUAUUUUUAAUGACCUCUCAUGGCCCACCUGCAGUACCACCAGGGGGCCGCGGCCCUCAUUUUGGGAAUCACUGGGCUACAUAAUACAUCCUGCAUUGCCUCUCUGUAGUCCCUUGUUUACUCCGGUUAAUUAAAGUAAAAAAGUAAAGUCAAUAAAGUAAAGUAAAUAUGAUGUUAUUAAUUAGUCAUCCCUUUUUCACAUUGUGGUUUCAUUUUUUUUUUGUCAUGUUUUUUUUUUUAAACUAAUUUAUAAAAAGGCAACCCGCAAACAAAAACUGACAUUAGAGAUUAAAACUGAGAUUAACACAUUAAAUAUGAUGUGAUUAAUUAGUCAUCCUGGUUUGAUUUUCUUUUUUUUUGUCACGUUUUUUCUAAAAUACAUGAAUUAAUAAAUCAUGCUUGUUUUGUGGUUAAAUACGUUCUAUUUUUCUUCAAGAAUAUGCAUAUUUUUUGGCUGUUUAAUAUUCACAACUUUAUUAAAAUAACAAAACAAAAACAAAAUGCAUUUUUUAAUAAAACUUUUUUAUUAUUAAGACCCGAGAGUGGAAUCGAACUCCGGUCUCUUAGCUAUGAGCUGUGUGCUAACCACUCACCACCAUGUAGCCUCUUAAUGUGUUAUUUCCUGUUAUUUUGUGUACUUUAUUGUGUGUCAAUGUGGAUGUAGGGGUGCUACAUGGUUGUCUCUAAUGGUAAAGCCAUAUUUAGAAGGUCAUAAACAGGUUUUGGUCUAAUUAUGACAAUAUUGCCUUCAUAAAUAUGGAAUCCCCCUUAAGACCCGAGAGUGGAAUCGAACUCCGGUCUCUUAGCUAUGAGCUGUGUGCUAACCACUCACCACCAUGUAGCCUCUUAAUGUGUUAUUUCCUGUUAUUUUGUGUACUUUAUUGUGUGUCAAUGUGGAUGUAGGGGUGCUACAUGGUUGUCUCUAAUGGUAAAGCCAUAUUUAGAAGGUCAUAAACAGGUUUUGGUCUAAUUAUGACAAUAUUGCCUUCAUAAAUACCGAAUCCCGAUCAAGACCUGAGGGUGGAAUCGAACUCGGGUCACCUAGCUAUGAGCUGUGUGCUAACCACUCACCACCAUGUAGCCUCUUAAUGUGUUAUUUCCUGUUAUUUUGUGUACUUUAUUGUGUGUCAAUGUGGCCAUAGGGGUGCUACAGGGUUGUCUCUAAUAAUAAAACCAUAUUUAGAAGGUCAUAAAGAGGUUUUGGUCUAAUUUAUGACAAUAUUGCCUUCAUAAAUACGGAAUCCCGAUCAAGACCUGAGGGUGGAAUCGAACUUGGGUCUCUUAGCUAUGAGCUGUGUGCUAACCACUCACCACCAUGCAGCCUGUUAAUGUGUUAUUUCCUGUUAUUUUGUGUACUUUAUUGUGUGUCAAUGUGGAUGUAGGGGUGCUAUAGUGUUGUCUCUAGAAGGUCUAGAAGGAAAUUUAGAAGGUCAUAAAGAGGUUUUGGUCUAAUUAUGACAAUAUUGCCUUCAUAAAUACGGAAUCCCGAUCAAGACCUGAGGGUGGAAUCGAACUCGGGUCACCUAGCUAUGAGCUGUGUGCUAACCACUCGCCACCACGCAACCUUUUAAUGUCUUAUUUCCUGUUACUUUGUGUACUUUAUUGUGUGCCAAUGUGGCUAUAGGGGUGCUACAGGGUUGUCUCUAAUAAUAAAACCAUAUUUAGAAGGUUAUAAAGAGGUUUUGGUCUAAUUAUGACAAUAUUGCCUUCAUAAAUACGGAAUCCCGAUCAAGACCUGAGGGUGGAAUCGAACUCGGGUCUCUUAGCUAUGAGCUGUGUGCUAACCACUCACCACCAUGUAGCCUCUUAAUGUCUUAUUUCCUGUUAUUUUGUGUACUUUAUUGUGUGUCAAUGUGGAUGUAGGGGUGCUACAGGGUUGUCUCUAAUGGUAAAACCAUAUUUAGAAGUUAAUAAACAGGUUUUGGUCGAAUUAUGACAAUAUUGCCUUCAUAAAUACGGAAUCCCGAUCAUGACCUGAGGGUGGAAUCGAACUCGGGUCACCUAGCUAUGAGCUGUGUGCUAACCACUCACCACCAUGUAGCCUCUUAAUGUGUUAUUUCCUGUUAUUUUGUGUACUUUAUUGUGUGCCAAUGUGGCCAUAGGGGUGCUAUAGUGUUGUCUCUAAUGGUAAAGCCAUAUUUAGAAGGUCAUAAAGAGGUUUUGGUCUAAUUAUGACAAUAUUGCCUUCAUAAAUACGGAAUCGGACUUCAUGGAAAUGGACUUAUUACAGUCGGGUCCGGAACUAAUUAUUAUUUGACACCCAUUACAUGAAAUCCCAAUCCAUUUUUUCCAUGUAGGGAAUAAUGUGGAUCGGAUUGAUGUGUUCCAUACCCCCACACAUGCAACAAAAAAUACAUUUUGUAGAGAUGAAUGAUGAAUGUAUGGAACUUAUUGAAGCAGUUGCGUAAAAAAGGCCCGGGGUGUUAUCCAGCAACGCAUCGGGUGCUAUAUUCCCGGAUCAAUUCCGGACAAAUAAACCGCUUCCAAAAAUCUGAUAUUGUCGGAAAAAGGCAAAAGGCAGAGAAAAGGAAUGUGUUUAAAUUUAUCGUCACAUGCAAACCUGAACAAAUCGCCUCACGCUUUGGUCUUAUAAAGAGCCGUCAACGGGGAGGGGGGGCAAGCAGAUGCGGAGAAACCUCAGCAAACAUGAACGCCACCUCGACGACCUUCCAGUUCCUCUGUAUCGUCCCCGGCUUGGCUUUCCUGCUCCUUAUUUUCACCAAGGUGUUCUCAAGGCGCCGGAGCGCCCCGGUGGACGGCCUCGGCUGGGCCGUGCUCAUCACAGGCUGCGACAGCGGCUUCGGAUACGAGCUGGCUCGAUGCUUGGACCACAAGGGCUUUGUGGUUUUUGCCGGUUGUUUGUUUCCGCAGGGGACCGGCGCCCAGAACCUGGCCAAACAGAGCUCACAUCGUUUGAAGCUCCUCAAGCUGGACGUCACCCGUGAUGCGGACGUGCGGCAGGCCAAGGCCACCGUUCAGGAGAACCUGCCGGAGAAAGGUCUGUGGGCUGUGGUGAACAACGCUGGAAUUUCCGACUGGGCGGAGAUCGAGUGGAACACGAUCGAGGACUUCCGCCGCAUGGUGGACAUCAACCUGUUUGGCUGCAUCAGGACCACUUUGGCUUUUCUGCCGUUGGUGCGGGCCGCUAAAGGUCGAGUGGUUUUCGUGUCGAGCAUCUUUUCUUUCUUCAACUGCCUGAACAUGGGAAGUUAUAGCGUCUCCAAGCGUGGACAGGAAGCCUUCGCCGACUGCUUGCGGGUGGAAAUGGCCAGCUUUGGCGUCAAGGUCAGCAUCAUCCAACCUGGCAACUUCGGCCAAGCCACCAACAUCGUGAAAAUGAAGACCGUGUCAGAUAUCUGGUUGAAGUUCGACGAGGAACGCAAGCAAACGUUCAGCCAGGACUACAUCAAGCUAGCCAUCGAGUACUUUGUCUCCACGUGCAGGACGGGCUUCACCAACGCCGACAAGGUCAUCAACGCCAUGCUGCACGCCAUCACCGCACCCUCCCCCCGUCGUAGAUACAUGGUGGUUUCGGCUAAGGAUCGGGUUUUCUUCCAGCUUUACCCGUACUUGCCGACCGCUCUCACCGACGCCGUGUUUUCGCUCAGCUCCAUGUACGCCACACGGAAGGAAAUGCUCUAUGUCAAGUAGGGAAGCGGUUUUUUUUUUAAUUUAAAAAAAUGACAAUAUUGCCUUCAUUUUUUUUUCUUUUUUUUUCAUUGCCUUUAUUUUUUUUUUAAUUUCCAAAAUGAAAUAUUUUGACUGAUUUUUGGUCAAAAUACUCUUACACGACAUAUGAAUAUAUAUAUUUAAUGUAUCAUUUUAUAUAUUACAAAUAUGUCAUCUCAUUUUAUAACAAUAGAAUGGAUUUUUAUUGAUUUUUAGCCAAAAAAAAGCAAUUUUUUUUCAUGUUAUUCAUAAAAAAGUGGCUCAUAAUUGAUAAAUAUGUGAUGUUUAUGCUGAUACUGAUAAUGUUUUUUUUCAUCCGACGUCCUUGAAUGCACCUUUUCUCUUUACUUCUUUACUGUUUUAGUGGUUUUCUAUCUCUUCCUCCU